AGGUGGAAAUUAAGAAAGAAAACUAAAACCUUAAAGAAACAUCGAACUUGCAAGCAAUGAUGGACACACAUUACUGGAACAGCAAUAUGAAUGCCGCAUCCGACCACUUUGAAGCCAUGGCAACGACGUCAUUUCAGGACACACAGGCUCCGGCAGUAGGGGUGUUCUCCCGGAAUCCGAGCUUCAAGAGCAUCUUCUUGGCGGAUAACUGGGCAGAGCUGCCAUUGAAGGAGGAUGAUGCCGACGACAUGGUCAUCUACAGCGCGUUGAGAGAGGCUGCCACCACUGGUUGGCUACCCACCAACAAUAACAAUGGGGUGAUGGAAGUUAACACGGUUGCGAAGAUGGAAAAUGAGAGUGAAAACUGCAGCAGUACAGGGGCACGUGGAUCACGCACCCCCACGAAGAGAGGAUGGAGCUACCGGGGCGUGCGGAAGAGACCGUGGGGCAAGUAUGCCGCAGAGAUAAGAGACCCCAAGAAGAACGGCUCAAGGGUGUGGCUUGGGACUUAUGAAACAGCGGAGGAUGCAGCUUUGGCUUAUGAUCGAGCCGCGUUCAAAAUGCGCGGCUCAAAAGCUAAGCUAAAUUUUCCACACUUGAUUGGCUCAAUAUAAUCUCAGCCCGUUAGAGGCAUCCCCAUGUCCGACACUUGUUGGUGAGAUGUAUGUUACCGUGCUGAGUUAAAAUUUGAUAGCCGCACUCUAGUUGAAGAGUUUUGAUUCUUUCAUACUUUUCUUUCAUCUCAUUUUCACUUAUUUUUAUCUCUCUUAACUUUGUAUCGUGUCCUUUCAUUCUCUCUUUUCUUUAUUUCUCUAGCUUACUUGGUUUAAGUGAAGCAAAUGUGUGAAUAAAAACUUUUUGCUAGUUGAAUGAUAAGUGUGAUAGUUUUCAUCAACCAUCGUGACCAACAUAUUAUGAUGAGAUCGCAUAAGUGUAAUUAUGACUAUUUGCUUCCUAGUCAUAAAACCCGAAAUGCAAUGAUCAAAUUUGUGUCACAGGU